AUGAAAAUCCUUCCCCUUCAUCUUUCCCAGAUUCUUCGACGAGGGUCAAUUCCUUUUCUAUUGCUAACCACUGUCGUUUUGUUUUUUUAUCUUCUUUGUCUGAAGAUGGGUUUUAUGGGAGAUUUCGGAUGUCUGCUUUCCAAAGGGGGGAUCCUUUUGGGGAGCCGGGCCCUCACUUUCUUAUUAAGAAAAAUGGGAUGCUCCGGGGGUCUUACCCUAGCAAUUGUUUUUACGCUGCGGGCCCUCCUCACUCCCGAAGCCGCAAUAGCACCAGUUUUUAAUGGAAUGGUCCUUCCGGAGCUAGUAUGUUGUAUGGAUGAUCCUAACGCUAUGCCCAAUCUUGAUUUAGAACUUAGAUUGGGUCAUCAGCCGGGACCGGAGAUAGAUCUCAACCAACCUCCGGCUCCUGAGCCUGCGCCGGAGCAGCAACCUGGGUUAUCCAGGGAGGCUUUAAAAGAAGAAUUGAGAAAGACCGUUAAACGUAUUCGCGUUUUUCAGGGUCAUCUCAAUUAUUGGGAACGCCUUUUGGAGAUUUCUCUUCAGAAAGAAAGAGAGAGCGACGAGAAAAAGCGGUUACACUUGUACCGGAUGCAAGAACUUGUCCGUGAAUUAUGGAAUGAAAGGCGGGGCCAAUAAGACUGUAAAUGGCUCUUCGUCUGAGUCCUGAGAACGGGAAGAACUGCGUCGAACAGGGGGAAGGACAAAGGAAAGAGCGUGCGGCACUUCGAAGGGGCAUUCACACUUUGAUUCGUGAGCAACUUCGCGAACAUUGUGAAAAGGGGAAAGGGCGGCUGUCCGUGCACUUUCCGGAAAUGACGGAAAUAUACUCCAGUUCCGCGAAGGCGAUAAUGUCUUACGAUCUGGAGAUCUCCGCGGAGACGGAUACGGAAACCCUCCGCAGAUGGGUGGAGAAUAGUUGGGGGGACCCUAAUCUCCUAAAGCCACUCAUUAGGGAAUACCGGCCAAAUUAGUAUGUCUGCCAUUCAUAACAGAGCCGUUAUUCCCGGCUGGCAUAGAAGUCUCUCGCACGCAAGGAGAUGCUGCUACUGGAUGUCACGAUUCUGGGGCGCCAUGAUCCUUUUCUCUGGAACAAUCGAGGGCACUGCCUUCCUUCAGCUUUCAGAGGUAGGGGCUGCAUCAAUCAUCGCUCAGUGAGCUAUUUAUUGCCGCCAAUAGUGCUUCGCUUGCAUGCAAGGCGGCACGCCAGGUAGAGCUAUCGCCCGCGGGCGAAGGAGAUGCAUUUCUGGUACUGGUAGUACUGGACAAGCUCUCAGGGAAUAAUCUCUUUCUUAUUUCUGCCUUUCUUUCCCAUGACGACUAGGAACAGGCAAAUCAAAAAUUUCACUUCGAAUUUCGGACCUCAACAUCCUGCUGCUCAUGGUGUUUCACGAUCAGUAUUGGAAAUGAACGGAGAAGUGGUGGAACGUGUGGAACCACAUAUUGGAUUACUCCAUAGAGGGACUGAGAAAUUAAUAGAGUACAAAACUUAUCUUCAAGCUUUACCUUAUUCUUAUCGUUCAGACUAUGUUUCUACGAUGGCUCAAGAACACGCUCAUUCUUCAGCCGUAGAGAGACUUUUGAAUUGCGAGGUACCAUUACGAGCUCAAUAUAUACGAGUGUUAUUCCGUGAAAUAACUCGAAUUUCAAAUCAUUCACUUGCUUUAACUACUCAUGCUAUGGAUGUGGGAGCAUCAACUCCGUUCCUGUGGGCUUUUGAGGAGCGGGAGAAAUUGUUGGAAUUCUAUGAAAGAGUCUCGGGAGCCAGGAUGCAUGCCAGUUUCAUACGACCAGGUGGAGUGGCACAAGAUCUGCCUCUUGGCUUAUGUCGAGAUAUUGAUUCCUUCACACAACAAUUUGCUUCUCGUAUCAACGAAUUAGAAGAGAUGUCAACCGGCAACCGUAUCUGGAAACAACGAUUAGUGGAUAUUGGUACUGUCACUGCACAGCAAGCAAAGGAUUGGGGAUUCAGUGGUGUAAUGUUAAGAGGUCGUGCGACAUGA